UCGGAAAAGUUACCUGAUGUAAUUCAAUAACUCAAUAACAAUAACUAUGUGCAAUAUAAGACUAAUAGAGGUGAGAGGACGUAGGGAAGAGGGGUUUAGAAUGGCAUGUGUUAUGUGUGAGCGAUACCUCAAUGUGCAAAGGAAAUUUUAUUAGCAAAAAUACAAGGAGUGCUGAAAUCAUUUUAAUUAGUUGAUUAAUUUAUUGAUUUAACCAAUUGAGAAACUUAACUGUUUUAUUCCAUUUAGAGACUGUACUGCGCAAUGGGUGAUUGGAGUCACAGUAUCUUUGGUUGUUUCGAUGACAUCGGCACAUGCGCGAUUACCUACUUCGUGCCAUGUUACACCUACGCCAGAAACGCCCAGAAAUCAGAUACUACCAACUGCUGUGUAGCCGCCGUUCUCUUCUUCGUGCCCUUCGUUAACAUCUUCUGUUGGCUGAAAAUCAGAGGAAACAUUCGGGAAAAAUACCACAUAGAGGGCGGAUUUCUGUCAGAUUUAAUGCACAUCUUAUGUUGUGGUCUCUGUGCUUUGGUCCAAGAAGCUCAGCAGCUGGAUUGUGAUCCCAUGGCUGCUGCUCACGGAGUUGUCCGAAACUAAACUUGAUCCUGGCGUGAACUGUAUGUCACCUUAAUCCGCCUGACAGAAUUAGUCGCCAUGUUUCUGUGGCGGAAUUGCUGUGGCGUUGAUUUUUUGUCGCUGAUGAGGACAUCCGACAUUCACGAAUGAAGAGUUUGCGGUAUUGUAGUUGUAUUGAAUGGCAAUAUCUGCAUUAUAUGUGAAAGUUUGAAAUUUGUAAUUGAAAAUAGAAAUAGAAAGCAAUUGAUGUGUUCAAGAACGCCAAUCUUAAAUUACAUCUGCAU